GCGGCGCGGCCGCCCGGGUCUCGGAGCGAGCGCACGUGCGCCGGCCAGACCCAGUGGAGGCAGUGUCCGGGCACUCGCGAGGAAAUGGAGGGCGAGGCGCUGUUUAGGGGUAGGAAACAGUGUGGGUUGAGUUUCGCCCCAAGAGCGGAGAGCGAGGAAGGAGAGGCUCUGAGGGCCGGAGAGGAGACAGGGAGGAUCAUGAGCUAGAGCAACCCGACGGCCAUGGAGGCCGAAGAGACGAUGGAAUGCCUUCAGGAGUUCCCGGAACAUCAUAAAAUGAUCCUGGACCGAUUGAAUGAACAGCGGGAGCAGGAUCGGUUUACUGACAUCACCCUGAUUGUCGACGGACACCAUUUUAAGGCCCACAAGGCUGUUUUGGCUGCUUGCAGUAAGUUCUUCUACAAAUUCUUUCAGGAGUUUACUCAGGAACCUUUGGUGGAGAUAGAAGGUGUUAGUAAAAUGGCCUUCCGUCAUUUAAUUGAGUUCACAUAUACAGCAAAAUUAAUGAUACAAGGAGAAGAAGAAGCCAAUGAUGUAUGGAAAGCAGCAGAGUUUCUACAAAUGCUAGAAGCUAUCAAAGCCCUUGAAGUCAGGCCAAAAAGAAAAAAACCUUACUUGCUUUUUGUAUUUUUCUUGAUUUGUCAAUAUAAUUUUUUUUCUAUUGUAAUAGGUGAAAAACCUUUUGAAUGUCCAAAUUGUCAUGAACGAUUUGCUAGAAAUAGCACCCUCAAAUGUCACCUGACUGCAUGCCAAACUGGAAUAGGGGCAAAAAAGGGAAGAAAGAAGCUUUAUGAAUGUCAGGUCUGUAACAGUGUGUUUAACAGCUGGGACCAGUUCAAAGAUCAUUUGGUAAUACACACUGGAGAUAAACCCAACCAUUGUACUUUAUGUGACUUGUGGUUUAUGCAAGGAAAUGAAUUAAGGAGGCAUCUCAGUGAUACUCACAAUAUUUCAGAGCGUCUAGUAACCGAAGAAGUUCUUUCGGUAGAAACACGUGUGCAGACCGAACCUGUGACGUCAAUGACUAUUAUAGAACAAGUUGGGAAGGUGCAUGUGUUACCACUGCUUCAGGUUCAGGUGGAUUCAGCACAAGUGACUGUGGAACAGGUCCAUCCAGAUCUGCUCCAGGACAGCCAAGUGCAUGAUUCACACAUGAGUGAGCUUCCAGAGCAGGUCCAGGUGAGUUAUCUAGAAGUGGGUCGAAUUCAGACUGAAGAAGGUACUGAAGUACACGUGGAGGAGCUGCAUGUCGAACGGGUAAAUCAGAUGCCAGUGGAAGUACAGACUGAACUUCUAGAAGCUGACUUGGAACAAGUGACCCCUGAAAUCAUGAACCAGGAGGAGAGAGAGCCCCCCCAAGCAGAUGCUGCUGAGGCUGCCAGGGAAGAUCACCAAGAUGCUGAUGGUUUAGAGACCAAAUCAACAGUGGAUUCCCAAGCAGGGAAUGAGAACAGAACACCUAUGCCUGUUUUAGAUUGAAAUAACAGAUGAAUAUAUUUUUAAAUUUAGGUGUUGGAUUUUUGAACUGAUGAUGGGCAGUGUGACUGUCCUUAGGCUAACAGACAAGUGGACCAAAGUUAAAGUCUUUACUGUUGUGAACUGUUUCUGUUGAAACAAACUGAUUUCCCCCCACUUAAUGCCACAGAGGAGGGAUCUUUCCCAUAAGUGAAUGGGAAGCUUUGAGAAGUAUUAUUUCUGGAAACUUAAAUGGAUUAUAUUCUUAUUAUAUAGUUGGGUACGAAUGUAUCUAUUUUCAUUGUGAUAAGGGUUCUCCCUUCUCUCUUUCCCAGGUCAUGUUCUUUCUCAGAUUUUUUCCAUGUUGUAAAAUCAAACGUAAAAUCAUUAGAAUACAAACUUAAUGUAUUCUAAUGCAUGUUAGAAAAUUGAAUAUAUAGGAAACACAAGGCUGCAUGAAGAAAAGUACAUUGUUAACUGUGCAGUUAAAUUUUGGCUUCUGGCUUUCUUUAGUUUGAACAACCUUCUUGUCUAUACUGAUAGUCACAGAUGUCAUCUCUGCAACAGAAACAGUGGUGGUGGCAAAAUUUCUAGAAUGUAAAAAAAAAAAAAAAACCCACACCCAUGUGCCUUUUCAAAACCAACUAAACUUCUUUAAAGUGUCUCUGGUUCUUUCAAAGUUUGUGUUAUAAGGAGCAAUGUAGGUGAUGCUAUAGUAUUUUAUGUUUUUGCUUAUAAUGGCAACUACCAGUUCUUUUUCUUGGUAACUUAGGUUGAGAAAUUUCAUUUAAUGGCAACUGAAGGGCCAUUUCCAAUUGGGAAAAUUCAUUUAUAUCUGUGGUAAACUUUUUUUUUUUUUAAUGAAAAGUUGCACUAGUAUUUUACCACCAGAUGAAAAAAAGGUGAGCAUCAUUUAAAAAUUAAUGUAUUUAAAAUAAAGUACAGAGAAAAACAUGUAUAUAAUAUAUCAGGCUUUGUUUUGAAUGAAUCUUCCCCCCGAUCCUUAAUGUAAAGAUCUUGUGCUAUAACUUUUAAAGCCAUACAAAUAAUAAGAGUGCUAAACUGUGGACUUAAAAGUAGGUGUGUAAAUAUUUUUAAUCAGUAUUACUUGGAAAAUAAAAUAUAACAACCACAUAAAAUAAACCAAUAUGCUAUUUUCUUUACCUGUUAAAUAUUGGGAGAUACUUACAUUUUUGAAGUAAAGUUUAAAAUUAUGUGUUCAUGA